AAUACUUUGGUGGCUAGAAUAUAUGUUUGAUACGGAGAUUUUGUGUCACGUGAUGUUAUUGUUAAUUGGUGUAGGUGGAAGAUUGAAGAUGGUAGUAAAAUUAAAAUUAUGUUUGAACCAUGGUUAUCGGCAGAGUGAAGCAAUGGCCUUAUUGGAGGCAAUUCGAGAAGCCUCUAUUAGAGGGUGGUACAACCCUUUAGCCUUCAUUACCUUCAGCUACUUCUUAAAAAGCCACUUCUUCCAAUAACUCAUUCUACCUUAUAACUUAUAACUUAUAUCCACAAAUCCAUGAAAGGAAUAGACAUGUUCUGUUCUUCCCCUGCUUCAACAGCAAUAAUACAUAGUAAUAUGAAUCAACGUUCUAUGCUACGACGAAGCAGAACCACGAAAACCUACGAUCAAAGGAAAAACCAACUUCAUCAUGUUCCUUGUUCAUCUCAAUUACCUAUUAAUCCCAUGCCUUACUUUGAGAAACAUAGAAAAAGUUCAUCAGAUAAACAAAAUAGUAGUACUACUACUGACACUCGUAGGAAAAGCUCCGCUAAUGUCAACGAUCUUUCUUCGAGAAGAUAUCUUCUCGAUGACACGCCAUUCAUUGAUUGGUUAUCUGAGUCUAACAAAAUAUUGGUUCCUCGAGGUGAAGCCGAAGUUGUGUCCAUGGAUAAGAAAAGAAAAAGUGAUUCUCAUGCUCUAGUUAGGUCCUCUUCUUCAGCUCUCUCCUCCAAGGACCAGGUUGUGGUUCUAAGGGUGUCAUUGCACUGCAAAGCCUGCGAAGGAAAAGUCAGAAAACAUAUUUCGAAAAUGGAAGGAGUGAGAUCAUUCAACAUAGAAAUGGAGACAAAAAAAGUAACAAUUAUCGGAGCCGUGACGCCUUUAGAUGUACUAGCAAGUGUAUCCAAGGUGAAGAGUGCACAACUAUGGCCGUCUACAACAUCGUCAUCCUCAUCAUCUAGACUAACAUUUCCAUGAUCGACACAAUCAGUUAUUAUAGUGCAUGUUUAAAUUGACGGUGAAAUUAACAGAAAAUCAUCCCGCCAAUCUAAACAUACACUAAUAAAUUAGCCUAUAUUUUCCUAUCUAGUUUUCUUUUGUUUGGUACAAGUAGUACCUUAUGGAAUGUGUGUGUUUGUAUGAUUAUAAGUUCAACAUCAGCUAAAUGCUAUGUGGAAAUUGUCAAGAAUGUGAGUACAAAUAAUGCAUAAUAACAUGGUGGGGGUCAUAACUGCAAACCUCACUUUCACUUCCUCAACUUGUUGUAAUUUGUAGUUAAAGUUUGAUGACUUGUCAAUCUCAAUGUAUGUUAUGUAAAUGAAUAUACUAUCUACAUUUAUUAGAUGGACCACCAUCUAACUUGCAA